AUGCGGAGUGGCCAUCAUAAGGGGAAGGUCAUUAUUCGUAUGUCUGAGUCGCCAUCUGAACUUCAUGUAACGUCAACUCAGGGUAGUAUCACCUUCCCCUCUGAUGUCUCCUACCUUCUAGUUGGAGGGCUUGGCGAUGUCGGCCGUGUUCUUGCUCAGUGGAUGGUAAGACAAGGCGCUCGAGAGCUCAUAAUUCUGUCGCGGUCCACUAGACGCUUAGAACGAGAGCAAUCAUUCAUCAAGGAACUUGAGGCCCAGGAUUGCCAAAUCAUCACCAUCGCUGGAGAUGUGGCGAAUUUAGAGGACGUGAAAACAGCGUUGUCUAGUUGCACCAAGCCUCUUGCUGGUGUGAUUAACCUGGCUCUCUCCCUACAUGAUCGUACAUUCCUGCAGAUGUCACAUGCUGAAUGGAAGUCGGCACUCGCACCAAAGGUAUCCGGGAUGUGGAAUCUCCAUCGGGCCGUAGAAGGCCUGCCGCUGGACUUCUUCCUUGUUUUGAGCUCUUUUGCCGGCAUUACCGGUAACGUUGGUCAGGCUAAAUACACUGCUGCUUGCACAUAUUUAGAUGCCUUUACCCAGUAUCGUCGACAAAUGGGCCUUCCCUCUUCCGUAGUUGACCUUGGCGUCGUUGCGGGUUCAGCAGCCAUUCAAGAUCAAAAUAUUUCUCGUCAUUUAGACACAGUGGAAUGGACCCGAUUAAGCAGACAGCAAUAUUCUAGUGAGACGGAGUAUACAGAGAUGUUGGAAGAUGAGAGAUUGGGCCUGGAUGCAAGGUUUUCAAUGCAUCGGAAUUUAGCCAUUUAUGCGGAGAGCCGAAAGCCUAACAACCAGCUCAAGCUGCUCCUUGGGAGGAUUGAUGAAGAUCCCCGACUUCUUAGCGACCCGGAGAUGGGUACCACUCUAGUCUCACAACUGGCGAAAUUGAUCAAUCAUCGGACUACUCAGGCAUCAGAAGUGGACUUGGAACAAGCAAGCGCCGUAGCUGUUGGCUCAUUGAUGGCCAUUGAGGUGAAGUCCUGGCUUAGUCGGCAACUUGGAGUACAGUUGACCCUGGACGAGAUAUCGAAAGCGAAUACGGUGGGGACUUUGGCGCAACUCACACUCUUGAACGGGCGAAGACAAAGUACCAAGUUGGUGAAGAUAGCACUGAUUCCACCAAAGAAAGAUGAUCAAUAG